AUUCAUGCUUCCUGGGAGCUGCUGCGUAUUUCCCACCACAUGAAUGCGUUGAGCAUGAAGACGAUUUGGCAGUGCGGUGAUGUGGAAGCCGAGCACGGGUGCAGCAAUGCUCACUCUCUGCCCUGGCAUUCUUUGCUCCCUCAACGGAAUCCAUGUGACUUCUUCGAGUUCGGGUCUUCGGGUGCGAGGGAGGGCCCACUGCCAUGUCGCCUCGGCCUCUGUGUCUACUGAAAUUGCUAAGAACUCUGCGGGGUUGAGAGGGAGGACAAUUGGCUGUGUUAGGGGAUGGUCGAGUGCAGGACGAAGUCAGAGUUUCUCGAGCGCAACCUGCUUUGGUGCCAUGAAGUCGCGGAGUGGUUUCACCUCAUCCGGAAACGGAGACAUCAGGUGGAUCAAAACAAAUGGCGACGAUACAUCAAACCAAACUGCAGGAGUGGUGUAUCCGUCGAAGUCCUGUAAGUCGAAGUCUUGUAAGGUGGCUGUGAUAGGGGCAGGUGCAGCAGGGUUAGUGACAGCACGGGAACUCCUCCGAGAAGGCCACGAUGUGAUAGUAUUCGAGCAGACAAAGAGUGUUGGCGGGGUGUGGGUUUACGAUCCGGAGAUAGAAGGCGAUGAUUUGUUGGGGCUUAGCCAGGAUCGGAAGCGUGUGCACUCGAGCAUGUACGCAUCUUUGCGCACCAACUUACCUCGAGAGAUCAUGGGGUAUACUGAUUUUCCUUUUCUGCCAAGAGAUGGAAGAGACGGCCGCCGGUUUCCAGGCCAUGCUGAAGUGGCUGCUUACUUACAAGAUUUCGCAGAAUUUUAUCAUCUUUUAGAUUGUGUACAGUUCUCGACUUCGGUAGAUUAUGUAGGUUCAUGCAAGGACCAGAAUAAGAUAUCGUGGAAAGUGAGGACCAGGCGAAGACAUCAGACGGACGAUGUUAAAGAGGAGCAAUUUGAUGCAGUUGUGGUCUGCAAUGGACACUACUCUCAGCCCAAACUUGCAGAAUUCCCUGGUUCGAGCAGCUGGCCGGGUGUACAGAUGCAUAGCCAUAAUUACAGAGAGCCGAGUUCCUUCACUGAUCAGACUGUGGUCGUGAUAGGGAAUGCGGCCAGUGGGGAAGAUAUCUCUCGGGAGAUUGCAGACGUUGCCAAAGAGGUACACAUAAGUGGACGAACUUGGAGUGCAUCUGUCGACUUCUCUGAGCCUAUCGGUCAACAUGGCAACAUCUGGCGUCAUUCUACGAUAGAGUGCGCUUGUGAGGACGGGACUGUGCUGUUUGCAGAAGGGGGAUGUGUAUCAGCGGAUAUAAUUUUGCACUGCACGGGGUAUUUUUACCACUAUCCAUUUCUGGACACUAAGGGGGAAGUGGCCGUAGAUGAAAAUUGUGUCGGCCCUUUAUAUGAGCACGUUUUCCCCCCUUCUCUUGCUCCAUCUCUUUCGUUCGUAGGACUACCUUGGAAGGUGGUACCGUUCCAAUUAUGUGAACUGCAAUCACGGUGGAUAGCCAUGGCUCUUUCCAGGAAGAUUGAUUUACCUUCGACACAGGAAAUGAUGGACUCAGUAGAGAGCUUUUAUGCAGAGCUUGAAGCUUCUGGAAAACCCAAGCGCUUGGCACAUAAUAUGGCCACUACUCAGUAUGACUAUGACAAUUGGCUUGCUGAUCAAACUGGGAGCGCCCCGGUAGAGACGUGGAGAAUUCAAAUCUUCGAGGCUACUUCGAAGAACAAACGAGCGAAUCCGGAGACUUACCGGGAUGAGUGGCCAGAUGAAGAGUUGCACCAAGAAGCUUUCGCACGGCUGGAGGAGUUGGAUUUAAGUUGCAGAUUAACAGUGGAGUGUAUUCAGCAAGCAAAGCUGUGAUGCAGUUCAUUGCCUGUAUACUCCAAUUGAGAUACUAGGGUAUUGUCCCUGAAGAAUAAUUACACUUAAUCUGAAAUGAGAAAACUGUCAGGCUCGAUUGAGUCUCGUGGAAUAAAGUUUGGACAAGUUGAGGAGAGACACAGGGCUCCCAUGCUAA